AUGUUCACCUUGCUCUUGAGUGUCCUGUACACCCUAGUGCCUACAGUCUGGGGAGAGGUUUCUCAGCGUGCUACCCUAGGAAACAAGCUCGCUUCCAAUGGCACCGGAACGCCUUACUCGAUGAAUGUCACAGACUGUCCAGGAUACACUCUAGGAUCACUUCAAGAGUCUGACAUUGGUCUCACUGCUCAGCUCACACUCGCUGGACCGGCAUGCAAUGCUUUUGGACUCGAUAUCGCAAACCUCACAAUCGAAGUCACUUACCAAUCACAGUCCACUUUACAUGUUAAGAUUUAUGAUACUGCCAACCAACAAUUCACAAUCCCCGAGUCGGUGAUCGAACGACCUGCCGCACCAACGACAUCUUACACGGGCAACUCCGAUCUUGUAUUCAACUUCGAUGCAGCGCCUUUCGCAUUUUGGAUCACGAGACGCUCUGACCCGGACGCAAUGCCAUUGUUCGACACGAGAACUUCAUCGUUGCCACCAACACCUAUCCCGCCUUUCAAUGCAUCUGACCCAAGCACGGCGUUUGAUGGUUUCCCUCUUGUAUUUGAAGAUCAAUACCUCCAGGUUGCUUCCGCUCUGCCGUACGGCACCAAUAUCUACGGAUUGGGCGAGGUAAUUGCUAGCAGUGGAUUUAGACGCGACAUUGGGACAGAUGGGGGCGUAGGCACCAUUCAGACGCAUUGGGCUCGCGAUGUUGCAGAUCCCAUUGAUCAGAACAUGUAUGGCUCCCAUCCAAUCUACGUCGAACAUCGGUACAAUGCGACUACCGGAAAGGCGUCUGCCUCUGGUGUUCUUCUCCUUAGUUCCGCGGGUUCAGAUACCUUCCUGCAGACGCCCCCGAACUCCAAGGUAUCAUUAAUCGAGUACCGCAUGAUUGGUGGUAUCCUGGACUUUUACUUCUUCUCUGGUCCCUCGGAUGCAGAAGUCAUUGCCCAGUAUGGUUCAGUCAUCGGAUACCCUAUGUGGCAGCCAGCGUGGGGCUUCGGGUUCCACCUUUGCAGAUGGGGGUACCACAAUGUCAGCGAUGACAUCGAAAAUGUUGCGCAGAUGCGCGCGGCGGGCAUCCCCCUGGAAGUUCAAUGGAACGAUAUCGACUUGUACCACGCUUACCGCGACUUUACCACUGACCCAGUGAGUUUCCCCGGGGAUGAACUUCGCGCGUUCAUUCAAGAAUUGGCCGCGAAUAACCAACAUUAUAUUCCCAUUGUGGAUGUGGGUGUCGCUAUCACGGUAAAUUCAACCGACGUCUAUGAUCCUUUCACACGGGGCGUUGAAGAAGAUGUGUGGAUCAAGAAUCCAGAUGGGUCUCUGUACCUCGGUCAAGUCUGGCCUGGAUACACCGUCUUCCCAGACUGGUUCAGUGAAAACAUACUCUCUGUAUGGACUGAAGCUCUCAGAAACUGGACUGAAAUGGGUGUCGAAUUCUCUGGUAUUUGGCUCGACAUGAACGAAGCAAGUUCAUUCUGUAGUGACUCCUGCGGGACCGGUGCGAACUACUCUGCCCUUGCUCCCCUGAGCGUGGCCGGUACGGUCGUCACCGGGUACCCUGAAUGCUACAAUGAGACGAUAUGGGGACCUAGUGGGAACAUGACUAUCAAUGGCACCUAUACAAAUUCAUGCACAACAAGCUCUACUACGACUCUGGUUGAAAGACGUGACGUUGAAGGACGUGGUGUUGAAAGACGCGGCGUCGGUGCUGUUUUAUUUGUCCUAUACUACGGUUUUGAUCUGACUCGGAAUAAAGCUAUCGGAUCCCUUUACCGCAACACUCUGGCGACGAACGCGACCCACUCCGGCGGAUAUGCAGAGCUCGACGUGCACAAUAUGUUUGGAUUCAUGGAGGAAAAGACAACGCACCUUGCGAUUCAAUCUAUCAUCCCCGGAAAACGUCCGUUCUUGAUCAGCAGAUCAACCUUCCCAUCUGCUGGAAAAUGGACUGGACAUUGGCUCGGUGACAACUACAGCAAAUGGCAGUACAUGUACCUCAACAUUCAGGGCGUUCUGCAGUUCCAAAUCUACCAAAUUCCGAUGGUUGGCGCUGACACAUGUGGAUUCAACGAUAACACUGACGAGGAGUUAUGCAACCGUUGGAUGCAGCUCUCGGCAUUCGUUCCCUUCUACAGGAACCACAAUACGUAUGCUGCCCUUCCUCAAGAGCCUUACCGCUGGGAAAGUGUGGCAAAUGCAUCCCGCAUCGCCAUCGCUGCUAGAUACUCCCUACUGCCGUACUGGUAUACGCUUUUUGCCAACGCCUCUAUGGCCGGCCUUCCGCCUGUCAGGGCGUUGUUUUACGAGUUCCCUGACGAACCUGAACUUUUCACAGUAGACAGGCAAUGGCUCGAGCUACGACCGUCGACGGUAACAGUCCAAACCUCACCAAUGACAUCCCUGAUUGACAUACUAUCUUACAGGUAUCUUCCCGGCCGCGGUAGCGUAAUCUGGCGCGACUGGUACACGCACGGCGCUGUGAAUGCUACGUCUGGAGGGAACACAACACUGGACGCUCCCAUCAGUCAUAUCAACGUCCACAUCCGCGACAACUCCGUUCUAUUGCUGCACCAAGAGCCCGGGUACACGAUCUAUGAGACUCGCGAAGGCCCCUAUUCACUGCUUGUGUCUCUCAACGCAGCAGGCACAGCAUUCGGUACUGCAUAUGUGGACGAUGGGAUCAGUUUCCCGCCUGGACCGAGUCGGAACCUCACAUUCCAGGCUGCAGAAAGCACACUCAAGAUUCAGAGCGAGGGUGCAUAUGGGAUUGCGCAAAAGUUGGAGACAAUCACUGUGCUUGGGGUGCAGAAGCCUGCCCAGGUUGAACUCCAGGGAUCAUCGACUGACGGUUGGACUUAUAAUGAGGCCACUGAAGAGUUGGUGGUGUCGAAUGCGUCUGUCGACCUCAAUGGACAGUUUACCUUAGCGUGGAAGUAG